CUAAGCGGGAGCCGUCGCCUGCCGGCUGAGCUACGCGCCUUUCUGAAAGCAGUUGAAUGGUCAGACCUUAGGAAGAGCAGCUCAUCUCCCCGGACUCGUAGUCUGACUUCGCGCGGUGUCUGCACCGUUAGCUUAAAGCGAGUUGCUGUCGCGCCGUGACAGCAGGCAGCUUCUCCCUCGUGCUGGCCGUGCGAUCCGGCCACACUUUUCUAUUAGGAACACCGCCAGCUCAUAUCGGCCUGCUUUCCACAGCGUGCAGCACCGCCCUGACUCACCACAGCACUCUGCUGCCCUUAUCGUCGUUGCUCACCAAUACCCAUGCUUGUCUUCAGACAGAAUCAGAGCAAAAGCAAAAAAACAGCAAGGAGGAAGUGCUUUUGACUGGCAAAAACGAGAAAAAGAUCAAACACACACAGCUUGAAAUGGUUAAUGAUGUCCUCCAUCUCUUCCACACUGCCAAUCUUUGAAAGACCCAGUCUUCCACCCAAACUUUACAAUGAAAAAUGGAAAAGAAAUAAGGCUUACUGAAAUACUAUGGGUAAGAACUUUGAAGGAAGGCAGUUUACUGGCGAGAUUAAGUUCACACCACCAUUAUACAAACAGCGCUAUGAGUUUGUUAAAGAUUUAGUGAGCAAAUACAAACCAAAAAAGGUGGCAGAUUUAGGAUGUGCUGACUGUACACUUCUCUGGAUGCUGAAAUUCUGUGGUUGCAUUGAAGUGUUAGCUGGGCUAGAUAUCUGUGCAGCUGUAAUGAAAGAGAAAAUGCACAGGUUAACUCCUCUUCCUGCUGAUUAUUUGGAGCCAUCUGAGCGAUCCUUAACUGUGACUUUGCAUGAAGGCUCAGUUGCUCAUAAAGAUCCUUGCAUGCUUGGUUUUGACUUGGUAACAUGCAUUGAACUAAUAGAGCACCUGCAAGAAUCAGAACUAGAGAAGUUUCCUGAAGUGGUGUUUGGUUUCAUGGCUCCAAGCAUGGUUGUGAUCAGUACUCCAAAUUCAGAAUUUAACACAUUGCUUCCAGGAGUGACUGUUUUCAGGCAUCCAGACCACAAAUUUGAAUGGGACCGAGCACAGUUUCAAAGUUGGGCUCAAGAUACUGCUCAACGCUAUGAUUACUCAGUGGAAUUCACAGGUGUAGGGAACCCCCCAGCAGGAAUGGAAGACGUCGGGUUCUGUACCCAAAUAGGAGUGUUUGUUAGAAAAUAUCCUCAAACUAGAGAACCUGUGCAGUGUGAGAAACCCACUGAAGCAGCUUACAAAACCGUCUUCAGAGCAGUGUAUCCGAGCCUAAAAGAUGAGAAGUACCUGCAGAAUGCAGUGGUCGGUGAAGUUAUGUUCAGAGCACGAAUCAUUAAGCGAAGUCUGCUGGACCAUUUACUGUCAGAACAUGAAGAAUAUGACAAUCCUACAGAGAGAAAAUUGAAACUGCAAUGUUCAGUGAACUGUUUUUCAGAAGAUUUUGAAACACUGGCUGUUGAAAAAAGCACGGAGCCAUUCGUCAGUGGAAAUGUGGUUUAUAUACCUCUGAGAAAAAUUUUUUCUUUUCCCAAAGUAAAUCAACUCUGUGGCACUUUUGAGAAGUUUUGCAGGCUUAUUACUGGCAAGGUCACACUGAACAGUGAUUGUUCUGCUGUGAUGCUUGAUAUUGAAAAUGAAAAUGAAGAGAAUUAGAUUGGUUUUCUUACUUCAAGUUCAGUGUAAGUAAUGAAAGCAGUGAUUUUAGUAGCUGUAGAUUGGUGUGUUCUGUAUGCUAACUGGAACCAUAAAAUCAUUCCUAAACUGCUCAGAACGUAUCUGCCAACUUUAUUUUUUCCAUGAAUGCCAACCUGGCCCCAGUUUUGAAAACCUGCAUUUUUGUGCCACCAGAGGUUGUUCAAGUCUGCAGUUUGUAUCUCUUUCACAGUAUAUUUGGUGGCUUGGAAUGAGCAAGUAUUAAUGUAACUGAUUUCAUGCCUGUGAAAGAUGUUUCACACCUUUCUGAAAAAUUAAAAACCAACCAAAAAAGGUGUACGUACUGUUUCUUAGAGAGGAUGGCUACAUUAUAUCUUCUAAAUUUUUGGAAGACGUGAAAGGGAAGAGACAGCUGUAAUUCAGUGUAUAAGUGGUUAAUGACUCCUAAUCCCCAUUCUUUGUAAAACGGUUCACUUUUUUUUUUUUUAAUGACAACUUUGACAAAGAUAAAUUCUUACAUUUGUUCUUAUGCCUUUUCUGGAGAAAAUAUGAAGAGCAACUACAGAUGCUUGGCUGUAUCUGUUUGGUGUUCCCUAGAGCAUGCAUGUGUACUGAAAUUGAAGAAUAUAUUGCUUAUCAUACACAGACAACCUAUGUGGAACAGAUAAAUUUAAAUUGAAACUGCUUUUUUUUAACUAAAAGAAGCUACACAAUUUUGUGUGCCAGCUUUCCUGGUUUACAUUUGCUUAAAUCAGUGUUGAAGUCUUCUUUAAAGUAUUGAAUUAAUGGUCUUUCUAUGAGGUUAAGCCUCCCACAGGACUCAUUAUGCACAGCUUUUUGCUAUCACAUUGCACUUUUGAUGAUUAUAUAUUCAUAGUAGCACAUUUAGACUUGACAUUUGAAACUGGUGAACGUCAAUUUUGCUGUCUGAAAUCAGGGUGAUGAAAAGAAGUUUAUGAGAAUCAGAUGUUCUAAGUUGCAUGCAGUGAUAUUACUGACCAGGAGAUGGCACAUGCAUCUGGAAACUUAACAACAUCUGGUUGUUCAAGCAGAUAUGUUCUUGACAUUUUGAUAAAAGAUCCUGAAACUGGUGUACGUUAGUCUUGGUGCUCCUUGGGAUUAGGUUUGAUAGACUUCGGUGUCAGCUGCUAGAAUGUGCUAAAGCAACAAGCUUAGCUUAAAUCUGGUGGGGAAGAUGUAGCUGUUGCCCUAUAAGGAGUUAUAGAUUACUGUGGACAUGCUUUAUUCUGGAAAAAUAUGGAGCCAUGGUUAACUGUGGCAGGAACCUCCUGAAUUAAAACACUUGAACGCUAUUAGUGUCACAAGGAUUGUAGAAAAAUUAACUAGCAAGUACAAUAAUGAACAUCUUACUGAUUUGGCAGGAAAAAAAAAAAACACCUCAGUGAAAGCCACCUGAGUUACUUCUGCAAUUCUGUGUUACUUAGGUGUAAAGGUGACACAUUCAGUGUUGAGAGAGAGCUUAAAUGAGAGCAGACCCAGAAGGAGCGUUCAAUGUGCUCUGGCAUCAAAAACAAAAGAGAAAGUGAAGAAAGCACACAGGAAAAAAGAAGGUAGUAAAGAAAGCCAAGGCUGGCAAAAAAAAAUACAAUGGAGUACGCAAUAUAAAGGAAAUAACUUGACAGCUGUUGAAUAAAUUAGUAGGGAUUGAUUUUGGUUAGAAUAGCUCAACAGAAUGGUUUUGACCAUUGUUUUAGAUGCAAAGUGAGCAAGUACUACAAAUAAAUUAUACAAAUAGUGAACUUUUAGAAACAAAACAAAACCAAAAUGUCUUGUUCAGUGAGCCUGAAGGAGUUAAUUGCCCAUCUCCCCAGACUUGUUUCAAAUAGACAGUAUUGCUACUAAAUUUUUGAACUGUUCAAGUCCUGUCACAGGCAGGUAUGAAAGGUAUAAGGCUCUGUGCUUGUUAACAUGAUUUUGAUUAAGGAGGCUUGGAUCAUUAUGUUGGAUUGUGUAUUAAGGCUACUUAUGGGUACUUUCCUGUUUUUUUUUUUUCUUCUAUUUAAACUGAAUAGAAGAAACACAGGCUUCUGAAUGAGAUUCUGUAAUGACAAAAACUCUCAUGCAAAGUCUUUGCAUUUGCUUCCUAAAAUACAAAAUCACAUCUUAUGUAGUACUGUAAGCAAACAAUUUGCUUGGAACACUGUCAAAAUCAAAUGCACUGCCACUAGCACAUCUUAAACAAAGGUAGCAGGGGAACAUUAGUAGAUCAAAAGACAAGACUACAAAAAAAAAAAACAACAAAAAAACACCAACAA